CAUCAUCAUAUUCGUUUGCGACGCGGGGUUGAAGACGUUGUCUUGCUGUUUGUUUUUCCUACUUUCCAAGGUACAAGAAUCACAUGGACGGUCUUGGUUGGAGCAACCAGCAGCAUGAACUUGAAGAAAGCUUCAUUGUUUCCAACUCAAAUUGCAAAGGAAAGAUGGAAAUUAUGUCAACAGAGACUUCUGAUCCAAUUCAACGACAGGCACGAGAAAUCGACUUUUUUCCAGGUGUUUUUUCACAAUGGAAUGCAAGAUCAGAAGGAACGUCAGCUUGUUCUUUGUUUAAUGGCCUGAUUCUUGAUUCUGGGACGACAUGCGGACAAGGAAAUUAUCAACACAUGGUGAGAGCUGGAACGACAGACUUGGAUUCUUUCAAUUCUGUUGAGUACCAGACGGGCACUGCAUCAGUUGAAGAUGAUGGGAUUUCCAUGAUUUUCUCAGGCUGUAAGAAAUUGUGGGAUUUCACUGAGGGCACUGUCAAAUCCGUUCCAUUGAUCAUGUCAGUAUCUAAGGCCGUGGACAUGGAGGGGAAUUCACCAACAUCAGGCAAACAAGCAAUCAUCGAUUCAGGUUCUGAUGAUUACGAGCCUCAUGCCACCAAGAGAAGGAGAGCAGAAAGCCAAAAGAUGCAAAUAAAGCCACAAAAUCUUGAUUUUCUCCACUCAAAUGAUUCAGCUACAGCUGAAGGCAGUAGAUUUAAGAAACCAAGACUGGAUAAGGGAACAAUUACAUCAUCCAACAUCAACUUUGAGCAAACUUGCUCAUUAGCAUCCUCAGCCGACGAGCCUGGCCAUGGGGCUGUGUCACAAAUGAAGGAGCUGAUUUACCGAGCGGCUGUUUUUAGGCCGGUGAACUUUGUCACAGAAAUCAUGGAAAAGCCGAAACGGAAGAAUGUGAAAUUUUCGAACGACCCGCAAACCGUGGCCGCGAGACGGCGGAGGGAGAGAAUAAGUGAGAGAAUCAGGGUUUUGCAGAGGUUGGUUCCUGGUGGGACAAAGAUGGACACUGCAUCAAUGCUUGAUGAGGCUGCAAACUACCUCAAGUUUCUGAAGUCACAAACCAAAGCACUAGAAUCCUUAGAGCAGAAAACUAAUGGCACAGUGAAUGACUUCCUUCCCAAUGCAAAUCUUGUUUUAUCACCAUUCAUUAACAAUUACAUCCUCACCCUUAAUCCACCCCACCUAUCCAAAAGUUGAAACUAUUUUGAGCAUGGAUUUUCAAGAGCACCAACCGCAAAAGCAUGCUGCUUGGCUGACACAUAUCGAGAUGAGUGUUCUAUAUCAACAAAAUAUUCAUUUCAAUGUCGUCUCUUGUAGUCGAGGAAAGAACACCAAACUGUCUUAGUAUAGAUACAAGCUCUCCUUUGAAUGAAAGAUUCUGACGAAUAAGAAAAACUAUGUUCUAGCCAUUUUUGUACAUUCAUUUUACUCUACAGACAGAAUAAACUGAUAGACGUAUGCCGGACAUUUAUUUUGAGAGUAUGUUUUCAUAUGCUAACAUUCUUGAAUCUUGAAACAAUGUAAGUUGAAUAUAUUCCAAUUCUUUAGAUAUGGGGUUUGGUAUGUUUUUUGGGAUGAAUAGUUCUAACUGCUGUGUC